AUGUUGACGUUCCCUCUUUCUAUAUAUGUAUGGAAAAAUAACAGAUUUGAGAGAAGAAAACGUGGUAAUGACGUCGAUGGCUGGCCGGGAGUAAAAAAAGAUCAGACUUUAGGCAGGGUAUAUACCAUCCACCCUAAUAAUACUGAGUGUUAUUAUCUUCGUCUUUUACUACAUGAAAUCCGAGGCCCUACACCUUUCAUAGAAUUGAAAACGGUUAAUGGUACGAUUCAACUCACAUACCAGUCUGCAUGUAAGGUUCUAGGCUUGCUAGAAGAUGAAAGGCUCUGGGAUGCAGCUAUGGUUGAAGCUGCGCUUUGUGAUUCUCCGUUUAGAUUACGCGAACUUUUUGCAGUAAUGUUGAUGUUUUGUCAAUUGUCAGAUGCUUCAAAUCUUUGGGAGAAAUAUAAAGAUACCCUUUCGGAAGAUAUACGGCACCAAGUCGAGUUAGAGUUACAACAUAGAGAUGUUCAUCUAAUUUUAAAUGAAGUAUACAAUAAAUGCUUGGUGUGUCUUGAAGAUACAAUGUUGUCUUUAGGAGGCCAAUGCUUACAACAGUAUGGUUUACCUCAGCCAUCAAGAUAUAAUGAAGUGUUACAAAAUACAGACUAUCUCCGAGAGAUGAGCUAUGACUCAAAUAUUUUAGCACAGAUUGUAACUACUAAUGAAAAUUUGUUAAACGAUGAACAGUCUCACGUUUAUAGCCAAAUUUUAGAAAGCAUCGAAAAAAGCACUGGUCAAACAUUUUUCUUAGACGCUCCUGGCGGCACCGGUAAGACAUUUGUUCUGAGUCUUUUAUUGGCUAGAGUGCGAAAAGAUUGCCAGAUAGCAUUGGCUGUUGCUUCUUCAGGCAUUGCUGCAACGUUGCUGGAAGCAGGUAGAACGGCUCACUCUGCGUUCAAACUGCCCUUGAACUUGAUGCAAGUAGAGAUACCUAUCUGUAAUAUUUCAAAACAGAGUAACAUGGCGCAAGUUUUGUAGGACUGUAAACUAAUAGUUUGGGAUGAAUGCACAAUGGCCCAUAAGAGCGGAUUCGAAGCUCUCAGUAGAACAUUAAAAGACAUAAGAGAAAACAAUAGCUUGACGGGAGGGGUCACUGUGCUGUUAGCUGGAGAUUUUCGGCAAACGUUACCCGUCAUACCUAGGGGUACACGGGCAGAUGAAGUAAAAGCAUGCUUAAAGACUUCAUAUUUGUGGCCACAUAUCCGGAAACUUGCACUCCAAUACAAUAUGAGAGUCCAUUUAAGUGGUGAUACAUCCGCUGGGCUUUUCGCUGAAGUGCUACUAAAAAUAGGCGAUGGAAAUUACCCUUCACUGGAAGGUAAAAUCAUAAUCCCUUCAGAUUUGGGUACAGUAGUUACCUCCUUAUCAGAGUCUUUUGAUUCAGUGAUCCAAACGGACGACGCAGUCCACUAUCCGACAGAAUUUCUUAAUAAUCUGAAUCCUCCUGGUCUGCCAUCACAUAAACUCAUUCUUAAAAUCGGAGCACCUGUAAUGUUAUUAAGAAAUCUUAAUCCACCAAAAUUAUGCAAUGGUACUAAACUACAAGUAAAUGCUUUGCAUAAGAACGUUGUAGAAGCUACGGUGAUCACUGGAUGUGCUCGGGGAGAGAUAGUUUUUAUCCCAAGAAUACCAUUAAUACCAUCAAAAUAUCCGUUCGAAUUUAAGAGAACACAGUUCCCUCUCAAGGUGUGUUUUGCCAUGACUAUUAAUAAAUCACAAGGACAGUCACUGAAAAUGACCGGCAUCGACUUGAGUGAAGACUGUUUUUCUCAUGGACAGUUCUAUGUCGCAUGUUCCAGAGUGGCUCUGGAUAAAGGAAAAGAGUGUAUUGGUCCGAGGAUCUUGGAGAAAUUGAGCAAAGAGACCAGAGAAAGUGGAGUUGGUCCGAGAGGCAGUGAUAUGUUAUGGCUUCGUGAUGUCUUAGGCAAAUUUAAAUUAGGGGGCUCCACGUAG